AGGUGAUUCUUAGACGUUUCUCAUGUUUUUUCUGUUCUAUGAAAUAAUAAUCACGUACCUUUAGGUCUUAACUUGGUACUUUACUAAAUAGCCCUCGAGUUGUAUCUACCAAUACGACUCAAAAUAGACUAUACCUAUUUGUUUAUUCCUCAAAGAGAUUAUUGACCUGUACUUCCUUUUUUUUCUCUCUCUCUCCUCUUUCUCCUGAUGCGUUCUUCUUCAUCGACCUUUGGUGUUGCAAAGAUCUAGAAAAACCCUAGAACGGGUAAGAUCACCAAGGUCGAGAGGAAGACCAAAAUAGAGUUAACUUCAAAUUGAUGGGGAGAGGGAAGAUUGUGAUCAAAAGGAUCGAUGAUUCGACGAGUAGGCAAGUCACUUUCUCCAAAAGAAGAAAGGGUCUAAUCAAAAAAGCUAAAGAACUCGCCAUUCUCUGCGAUGCCGAAGUUGGUCUCAUCAUUUUCUCCAAUACGGACAAGGUCUAUGACUUUGCCAGCUCCAGUAUGAAAUCGGCUAUUGAACGAUUUAACAAGACCAAGAUGGAGCAGCAACAACUAUUGAACCCUGCAUCAGAAGUUAUGUUUUGGCAGAGAGAGGCCGCAACUCUAAGGCAAGAACUGCACUCGUUACAGGAAAAUCAUCGACAGCUAAUGGGGGAGAAAUUAAAUGGUUUGAGCGUUAAUGAAUUGCACAAUAUAGAGAGCAGACUUGAAAUGAGUUUACGUGGAAUUCGUACGAAAAAGGAACAAAUGUUGACCGAUGAAAUCAAAGAACUAACCAAAAAGAGGAAUCUUAUUCAUCAUGAGAACCUCGAAUUGUCAAGAAAAGUACAAAGAAUUCAUCAAGAAAACAUCGAACUACACAAGAAAGCUUAUGCAACGUCAAGCUCAAAUGUAUUGGGACUUGGUGAGCUUGAAGAUGCAGCAGAUGCAUCAAAUGCACAAGUUAGGCUGCAGCUAAGUCAGCCUGAACAGUCCUGUUAUGAUUCCGCAUCAAAGAGCUAAGAUCAUAGUGAAAAGAUACUUGAAAAAGUGCAAGUAUAAUCAGAGAACAAACCGAAGGUUCAACUAUGUACAAUAUAUAUAUGAUCAAGCAAUGGAGCAGCGUGUCGCUUAUAUUGGUUCUAGCUUUGUCAUUUGGUUUUAAGUAUAUACUUAAGAGUUAACAAAUAUUAAGAAAACGCAUACAGUUUAUAUAGAUAAGUACGGUGUUCAAUUGAAAUUGGGUUGAUUGCAGUUUGUUCGUUUCUCGGUUUUCAGUGAAGAGUAAUUAAAAUAUGAGAGUGUUAUUCUGGCUCAUACUUCGGUCGACUUUGUUGUACCUUUUGGUUUAGAGUGGUGAUGAUGAUGGAGAGGCCUUUGUUAUUAGGAUAAUUUUUUUUAGUUUAUUUUUUAGAAAACUAAGAUAUAUAUAAGAAAAAACUGAUAAAGAGGUGAUUUUGUUAAAAUAUUUGAUCGCAAGAAGUGUCACCAUGGAUAUGAGGUUGCAGUCGUAUGUUGCAAGGGGAGAGGUUGCUUGGCUGAGGGGUUUGUUCGCAGAAGAACGACUAACAUGCUAAAGGUAUUGAUAUGAGGAAAGGGGAUUAUGUUGUUGUGAUGAUGUCUAUGUUUUUGUGGUGGGAAGACGUGAAUGAGUCUCAGGCUCUGUUCUUUUUGGGUGUUGUUUUAAUUUUAGAUUGUAUUCAUGAGACUUUGGUUAUUGUUUUUCAUCAAAUAUACGUACUUUCAGAGGAAAAAAAAAGAGAGGUGAUUUUGUUAAAAUAUUUAAAUAUUAUAUUUGAAUUUUGAAGAGCCCUAUUUUAGUUGAGCCACUUCGAUAAUAAGAAAAUACAAAGCAAGUCCCAGUUUACUAUUCAACAAAA